AUGUCGACUGAAGUGAAAGCAGAACCAGGUCCCGGCCUGGUGUACGUCCCUGAAUCGAAGCUCGAUCAACGAUGCGACGAUGAAAUUGCCGCCGAGCUCAAAUCUUACAAAGAGGUAACAAGCUCAGAUAAAAAUGUCUGGGCCUUUUGGAAUACUGGAUUCGACACAAUGCACCCAUGGACACAGCGCAACGUCAUAAACUGGGUCCGACGCCUAGGACCUUCCUGGAUGGUGCGCGUUUUGGACAAAGUACCUGGUUCACCUGUACACGUCUCAAAAUUUAUACCUGCCGACAACCUGCCCGAAGCUUUCAAUGCCAGUACGAUGACCGGCCCGAAUGUCGGACCACAUUCUGGCGAUAUGGUGCGUUUACCACUUCUAUAUUUGUACGGAGGAGCUUGGAUGGACGUGGGUAUGAUGCUCUUCCGACAUUUGGAUGACACGUGUUGGAAUACCAUUGAAGAUAGUUCAAAUUCCUACGAGAUGGCCGGGAUGUCUAUUGAAAUUAACCCAGGGGCAACCAAUAUGUUGAAUGGGUUUAUCGCGGCGAAACGCGGCAACGGAUUUAUCAAACGAUGGCACGAUAUCUAUAUGCAAAUAUGGAAGGAUGGCCGAACAGAGCAAACUGGGCUGCACAAACAUCCCCUAUUGACCCAUCUUCCUAUGCUGUACGCGCCAACUAACCAUUUGAACCUACCUGGGGCAUUGAAAAUCGGACCUGAGGAUUUUACGGACUAUCUGGGACACUUUCAAUGUUUUGAGCGUCUACGAAAGCUCGUAGACCCCCUGGACGGUUUCGAUGGACCAAAGUAUCACCGUGAGAAGAUUUUCAUGCUUCCGGCCAUGACUGAGACAUGGAAGUUUCAACUUCUAACGGCAUGGAACGGUAAAAAGCAAUUCGAGCUUUUGAGCACCAAGAAAGAUAUUAAGGACGAUUCCAAGAAGACGGAAUUGUAUGACGAAGCCAACAGCUUCGUUUUUGACCUGCUUGCCAACACAUCAACGAUGAAGUUGUCACAUGGCCCUCCGGGUGCUCUUGAUUCUUUCCUUGCAGAUAUAUGGGAUCAUAAGGAUAAUCAUGAUAAGGAUAUAGAGCCUGGAACCUUUGCCGCAUUCCUUCGUUAUGGCAGCGUUCAUUUUGAUCAGACACGCCUGCUACACCCGGCGCCAGUGCCUCUGUCUACAGAAAAGACCUUUAACAUUUCGGUUCUCCAGCCGUACACGGAAUAA